AUGCCAGCUGUGUCAAAGGCGAAGAAGAAGAAGGCAGAGGUGAUUGUUCAGAACCGCCUCAAUAGUCUUGCACGGUCAGCAGCCGGAACCGUCAAACGCGUCUUCGCGGAGAUCAGCUAUAGUCCUCAGAAGCUGGCAUCCGUGUUUUCACCCAGGAAAAGAAGGAAGCGCCAAGAGGACAAGGAGAACGAGGUGCGUGGACACACCGAACGACGCGCGUCGCGCAUGGACACCAAAUCGACGUGUCCUGUCACAGAUCCGUUCCUCGUGUCUCAAUUCCGAGUCGAUGGUGACUACGCUACUCCGACAGAGGCUCCAGCGUUCACUGAGCGACUCUGGAGACUUCCCAAAUCGACUGACGAGCUAAACAACGAUGUAGACUUCAAUGACACGGCUUCUAUCGACACAUUUGCUUUCCUCUCAUCGAGUCCCACUCUGAUUCCAUCUCCCACGGACUAUUCAUCUCCACGACCAUUUCCCACCAGUCCCACGCUGCCAACCACACCUGACUUCGCUGAAUUCAUCUGGGAUUUCGAGCUUGACGAGCCCAUACUUGAUGAUCUCUUCACGCUAGAGCACGAAGAUGAACUACUGGCUAUAAAUCCCUGCCUACUCUUCCAUGACGAAGGAUACCCUCGGCCACCUCCUCCUGAAAGCUUUAUCGAGCGCAUGUCCCGACAUUCGACACGCCCGGGAAAGCUGCGAGAAGCACCGUUGAUUGCUGAGGCGAAGCUUGCUGCCGGCGAUAUUCAUAUUGCAGCACGCGGAAAUCAUCGGGGCUCACCUACGAAUCUCAUAUUUGGACGCGCUGGUGUCGGAUACCGCGACCCAGGGUUCUCGCCGUUUACGCGCAAUCGAAUGUGGGGCAUUCAAGCGAUGCUCAACUUCUACGUGAACCCAGGCUCAACAACCUACGGAAACUGGGGAGAAUCAGCUUCCAUGGCGGCCAUUAUGCUCAAUCGAGGAAGGCAUUGCGCACGGGUUCUUGCCCGACUCACAAGGCAGUACAUCGUCAACCGUGAAAUCCUCAAUUUAAACCCAUACGGCAGAUGGACAACGAGUAUGUUAGCAGACGAAGAUCUUGCCAACAAGCUUCGACUGCAUAUCCAAUCGCUAGGGACAGAAAUCACGGCCGAGAAGGUUCGCGCCUACCUCCUGGAUCCCGAAGUCCGUCAACGACACGAAAUUGACCGCGAUAUCUCGCUUCGAACCGCGCAGAGAUAUUUGACAGCACUGGGGUAUAGGUGGACCUACUCGAAGAAAGGACAAUACGUUGACGGUCAUGAACGUGCUGAUGUCGUUCAGUACCGCAACCAAGUUUAUCUUCCUCGACUCUUUGAGCUCAACCGCCGAGUUCACCCAUUCGACAGUGAAACUGGAGAGCCGAUCGAAACUGCACUUGCUCCAGGACGACGUGUCAUUAUUUGGUACCACGACGAGAGUAUCUUUUAUGCGCACGAUCGGCGCCGCAAGACAUGGUAUCACAAAGAUGCAGCGGCUGUUCCCUAUCGAAAGGGCGAAGGUGUUUCCUAUAUGGUCGCCGACUACUUCUCAGCUGAGUUUGGCUGGCUUCGCCAUCCACUUACCGGUGCACGCGCUCGCGAGGCUAUACGACCGGGCAAGAAUCGCGAUGGAUACUUCAGUGCUGUCAAGGUUGUGCAGCAAGCAGAGAAGGCUCUGGCAAUCGUACAAGACGCUUGGCCUGACUACGACCACAUUUUCAUCUACGAUAAUGCAACAACUCAUCGGAAACGAGCUGAAGGAGCGCUUUCAGCCCGCGCAAUGCCUAAGUUCACCUCAGGCUCCAAGAACUCAAAGCAUCCAGAUGCAAACCUCCUUGUAGAGGUCAAUCGACGCGUCAACGGCCAGCUUGUCUACGAUCCACAGGGGCGUCUUGUCAAGGACAAAAUUCGAAUGACUGGUGCGUAUUAUGGCCCUGACAAAACCCCACAGGAUCUUUAUUAUGCGGACGACCACCCCGAUGAAACGAUACACGGCAAAUUCAAAGGCAUGAGACAGCUGCUUAUCGAACGUGGCCUUUCUCAAUAUGCUGAUCUUCGGACGGAAUGCCCCAAAUUCAAGUGCGAGGAUACAACAGACAGCGCUCAAUGCUGCUGCCGACGGAUAUUAUUCAACCAGCCCGACUUUGCUGCAGUCAAAUCAAUACUCGAGGACACAUGCUCAGAGGCGGGCGUCGAAGUUUUAUUCCUUCCCAAAUUUCAUUGUGAACUGAACCCCAUUGAGAUGGUUUGGGGCUAUGCCAAGCGCAUUUAUCGGACCAAGCCAGAGUCUUCGAAGGAGGAGGACUUGGAGAAGAAUACCCUGGACUCACUGGAGGAGGUUCCUAUACUCUGCAUGCGACGCUAUGUUAACAGGUCGUAUCGAUUUGCGCAGGGAUAUGGACAUUUAGGACUCUCUGGAGCUGAGCUUGCAUGGGCCUCGAAGCGUUAUCACGGCCACAGAACGUUUCCCAACUUUAUUUUUCAAGAUUUGGUCCGUGCAGGCUUGCGCGACGCUGUUCCUGACACUUUUUGCACUUGA